GCGGGGAGAUUGAGAGGCUGUCAGUCGCGGCCAUGGCUCAGGAGGCGAUGGAGGUGGAUCUGCUCCCGGCGGCUGAGGAGGCGGGCAGGCCCAGCGGGGAAGGCCGAGGCGCCUCGGGCUCCGGAGCCGGGCCUGGGCCUCUUGCUGGGCCUGGGCCGGCCUCCCCUCGCCCUUCCUGGGCCGCCUUCUCCGGGGAAGCCGAGCCACGGAGGCCGCCGCCGCCGCCUCGCGCCCGGGGGAACCGGGCCAGGAGGGCCCCAAGGGCGGCGCCAGGCAGGGCCACGGCACCACUGGAGAGUUAUUUCCAGGUUAGCAGAACCCAGGCAACGGAUCCAUCAGAUGUCCUGGCAGUCCUCAACAGGAACAGUUCGGAUGAGCCUGUGGUUCUGAGUGAUGCUGAGAGCAGUAGAAGCAGCAGCAGCAGCAGCAGCUCCACUGAAGUGGAAGAAGAUGACAACGAGCCAGAGAGAGCCUUAGACGUGGCACUGGGUCCAGCCGUCUUGAGAGCCUCUGGCUCGUCCCAGGCAGAACCUCCUGGCGAUGGGCCUAGUGAGCCAGAAGGGAAUCCUGAUCCUGGGGGGAGCAGCCCUGCCACGCAGAAGACGAGUCCCUUAAAGAACCCCAGCCUGGCUGCGCCCCCGCUUCCUUUGGAGGAGGAGAGUGGCGACACCUGCGCCAUCUGCUUUGAAGAGUGGACCAAUGCCGGGGAGCACCGCCUCUCCGCCCUGCGCUGCGGGCACCUCUUCGGAUACAGCUGCAUCCAGAGGUGGCUGAAAGGGCAGGCGGGGAAGUGUCCGCAGUGCAAUAAGAAAGCCAAGCGCUCGGACAUUGUUGUCCUUUAUGCCCGCACUUUGAAAGCAUUAGACACUAGUGAACAGGAGCACAUGAAAAGUUCUUUAGAGAAGGAGCAAAUGCUCAGGAGGAAAGCAGAGCUGGAAUCAGCACAGAGUCGCCUUCAGCUGCAGGUCUUGACAGACGAAUGCAGCAAGCUUCGCCAACAAGUUCAGGAGCUGAAGACGCUGAUGGCGCGGCACAGCACGCCUUCCUCCCAGCAGCCCGGCCACUCCCGCUCUUGCUUCCCCGGCUGCCUCUCCUCCAGCCAGGGCCAGCACAAGUACCAUUUCGAGAGAGCCUUCCUGGUGUCCCAGGUGGGCAACUGCCGGGUCAUGGCCUACUGCGACCCGCUCAGCUGCCUGGUGAUAUCGCAGCCUUCGCCGCAGAGCACCUUCAUUCCUGGCUGUGGGAUCAAGAUGAUGAGUGCCGUCAACUUGAAGAGCAGCCAGUACGUCCCCAUCCACAACAAGCAGAUCCGGGGCUUGGCCUUCAGCAACCGGGCAGAUGGCUUGCUCUUGUCUGCUGCCUUGGACCAUACCCUCAAGCUCACAAGCUUGACGACCAACACGGUUGUGCAGACAUAUAAUGCCGGACGGCCCAUCUGGAGCUGCUGCUGGUGCCUCGAUGACACCAACUACAUCUAUGCAGGGCUGGUCAAUGGUUCCGUCUUGGUGUACGAUUUGCGGGACACGAGGUCUCAGGUCCAGGAACUUGCUCCACAGAAGUCCAGGUGCCCUGUGGUGUCACUGUCUUACCUUCCUCGAAUGGCCUCUGCCUCGCUACCUUACGGCGGGCUGGUGUCUGGGACCCUGGAGGGGGCCUGCUUUUGGGAGCAGAAGGGCAGCGGCACCUAUAAGCCCCACCACCUCCUUCUGGAGCCCGGAGGCUGCGUCGACCUCCAGACCGAGGCCAACACGCGGCACUGCCUUGCGACCUUCAGGCCCAAUAGAAACCACAACAGCUUGAGGUGUGUGGUGAUGGAGCUGACCUCCACUCAGCUGACAGAUGGGGCCGAGGAUGCCGUCUGCUCCUGCCGUCCAGUCCAAACCCUCACUGCAGGCCCAACAUGCAAACUCCUGACGAAAAAUGCCAUCUUCCAGAGCCCGGAGGACAAUGGCAGCAUUCUCGUGUGUGCCGGGGAUGAAGCGUCCAAUUCGGCCAUGCUCUGGGACGCAGGGAGUGGCACCUUGUUGCAGAAGCUGACGGCCGACCUACCUGUGUUGGACGUCUGCCCUUAUGAGGUGAACCGCAGCAGCUUCCUGGCGAUCUUGACGGAGAAGAUGGUGAAAAUCUACAAGUGGCAAUGACUGCCUGGUGCAUGUGACCAUCAGGAGCCAGUCUCUGAAGACAGCCAUAACAUAGCCACCGUUGCUAUUGCUGCCCAAGCCAAGAAGUUGUUGUUGUGGAUAACUUUCUCCCGUCCAGGGUUUUUUCCCCCUUCUUGAUUCAGCAACUGUGCUUAUACCUUAUAAUGGACCAUCUGCUUCAUCCCUCAGGGCAAAGGAUGGAACCUGUCCUUGUAGAUUUUGGGGGAAAUGGCCGUUGCUGAAAAUGGAUGGAGAUGUUUGGCUCUCUCCUUGUAAAUUUUGCGCUCGUCAAGUUGCUUCUCACUUUGCUGCUGUUUCAAGUAAUGGAGCUGAAGGCAUUUCUGAAUCUGAAUCUCCAAAAGUGGCUUUUUUGUGGCUCUUCUCCUAAUCCAGAUAAGUAAAAAGACAACGGAUCAAACCUAGUUAAUGGCUGCUACAUUGCAUUUGAGUAAAAUCACAAUCCAGCUCUGGCUUGGCUCCGGAUUGGGAUCUUCAUUGCGCUUCUUUGCUUCGAGUCCUUGGCUCAAUACCUAUAGGGAAAGGAUGCCUUCUGUUUUGAUUGGAAACGGCAUCAUAAUAGAAGGUUUUUGCCUUUCGCCAGAGACCUCAUAAUAACCCAAGACUCUAUCUGAAGACAUGUCUGGAAGCCAAUUGAAACCGUAUUUGUUUUUUUGGUACUGCUUGAAAGGAUGUGUCUCUGUACUGAACCACAGACCAGCAUUCUUAAAACUGAACACUGUGGCUGUCUUAAACCUUCCAAGCUUAUAUUGUGCUCUUCCUAUCUUAAUUGUUUACACAGUAAGAACACUAAAAUGUGUAUUGACCAAUGGCAAAACUUGUCAGUGAAAUCGAAUCAAACAAUGCCAAAUUUCAUAAAAGUUGAGAAAGCUCUUCCCCUUUUGCUGCGAUCUCUACUCAAAAGGAACAUCCAGCAUUUUAGCUUUUAAGAGAGAACUUGUCGCUUUAUAUUAAAGUACAUAGUACGGAACAUGAUGUAAAUAUUGUAAUAUGUUUAUACUGGGGUUGGUUUGCAAGGAAAUUAUAAACAGCUGUGUAAUAAAGACAUUUCUUUUCUGAA